AUGGUUGUACGUACAGAAACUUUGCUGAAAGAAUAUCAGGACAAGGGGAAGGCCAAUACAUUUCUUGACAAACGAUUUGGUGAAUAUGAUACUGCGUUAACUCCAGAUCAGAAGAUGACAAAGCGAUUCUCCUUGGAGCAGCAGCGCCAGCACACAAAGAAGGACAUAUACAACCUGAAUGAAGACGAAGAUCUCACCCAUUAUGGGCAAUCCCUGGCAGACAUUGAGAAAUUCAAUGACACACCAGACAGUGAUAAUGAAAUGGAGGAAAAGGGCCUUCUGUCUGCUGAGUUCACUGCUGCUGCACACUUUGGUGGUGGUGGGCUGUUGCAGAAGAAGGCAUUAUCUAAGCAGCACGGUGAUGAGGAGGAACCGGCACCCAAGUCCCGGAGAGAGUUAAUUGAUGAGCUUAUUGCUAAAUCUAAGAAGGAGAAGCAUGAGCGGCAAGUGCAGCGAGACAAGGCACAGGAGCUGACUGAGAAGCUGGACAAAGAUUGGAAGGAGGUUCACUCCUUGUUGGCUCAUAAAGCUCCCAAAACAGAGCACAAGGAGGAAAAACCCAAGGCUGGAGAUUAUGACAUCAUUGUACGUGAGCUGUUCUUUGACAUGAAGGCACAGCCUUCUGACCGACUGAAAACAAAAGAAGAGUUGGCAAGAGAGGAGCAAGAGCGCCUUCAGAAACUUGAGGCAGAGAGAGUGCGUCGGAUGCGUGGAGAAUUUGAGGAGAAAGGCAACAACAGACCGAAACACAUGUCUGCUGAUGAUUUGCAUGAUGGUUUCAUCCUAGAUAAGAUUGACAAGCCCUGCCUUGUUUACAAGGAAGGAAAGCUAGAGGAAUUUGACGAGGAAGAAACGGAACUGGGAAGCGAAAAUGAAGAGGAGAAUGGAGAAGGUGAAGACAAUGAUGAGGAUGAAAAUGGGAAAGAGAAUCAAAGUGAAGAGAGUGAUGAAGACAGUCAUUCAGAUCUAGAAAAUGAUAGCCAUUCAGAUUUAGGCUCUGACGCCGAGAGUGAGAAGGACAGUGUAUCAGAUGGUGAAAAAACAGCCCGGGCUACUUUGAAUAAAGAGAGUGCACCAAAUGAAGAAGCAAGAAAAGCUAUGAUGGAAGCAGCCAAGAGUGAGCUACCUUUCACUUUUCCUGUCCCUGAGUCGUAUGCUGACCUGAAAACCCUGCUAACAGGACACGUAACAGAGGAGCAGUGCUUAAUAGUGGAACGCAUUCAGAAGUGUAACCACCCAAGUCUUGCAGCAGGAAACAAAGCCAAGUUAGAGGAGCACCGUGUUAGCUACAAUGUUCUCCAGCUCCAUCCGUGCGGCCCCGCUUUCCCCCUCACACCCAAUGUCUCCGUGAGAGGAGGGAAUAUGUCAGCUUCAGUCCUCAGGCAGCCUCAUUGGUGCUGCCGUGAAAGAAACCCGCCCCCUCGUUGCUUCACCCGCCAAUAG